AUGGAAUGGAAAUACGCACAACAAAAAGAUCCUUCUAGACUUUUAAUAGAUUAUAAUAAGCUAAAACAGGAUAAUGUAAGAUUAGAAUGGGAGUAUAAUAAACUUAGUCGUACACAUGAAAUAAGCAUCACCGAAGCCAUUAUCGAAAGGCAUACGCUAAAAUGUGAGGCUAUUGAAUUUAAGGAAAAUGCUCGACAUGCAAAAGAGCAACAUAUAAUUGCUCAGGCUUCUCUUGAAAUACUCACUCUAGAAAAUAGACUUCUAACUACGGAGUCAAACCUAUUGCAACAAGAAAUUAAGAAAUUGACUGAAGAAAAUUUCAAUUUAGAAGAAGAACUUGAUAAGCUCAAAGUGUUGUAUGAGAAUGCGUGCGAGAAAUUCUCUUUGCUAAACCAGCAAAAAGACAGUUUCGCUAAGAAGUACAUAGAAUCUCAGCAAAUAAAAUCUCUAGAUUCCGAAGAGAAAGAAAGUUUAUUAGACAAGCUAAAAUUAAUAAAUGAACAAUUAAAUCAACAAGUACAAGAGAAAGAAAAUCUUCAACUUUGCAUCGAUCAAUUACGAACAGAAAAUAAAAAUUUGGUGUCAGAACUAAAAGUGGAAAACGAACAACUACAACACCAAUUGGCCGAAAUCGGUUUGAUGGAGGCCGAAACUAUUUCUGCUGAUUUGAGACUGUUUACAACAUAA